CAAUAUUUCGUUCUUAAUUUUCAAUUUGUUCCGUCCGCGAGUUCAUUCGUCUCAUUCAUUGAUGUGGUGAUAAAGAAGAAUUCGUUUCGAUAUAGCGUUUCGCAUUCGUAACAAUUUGGUAAUACUUGUGUUUACGUGUGUUAAAUAAAUAUGGAAGAAUUUGUUGAAGUUAAUCAAAUAUCGGAUUUUAUUUCUUAUCUCCGCAGCAUUGAAUGGCGCGAUCCCUGGCUCAUAGCACUCAUAUCGUUCCACAUUAUUAUAACAUUCACAUGUUUCUCCACGAGGAACUACGGAAACUUUCAAGUUAUUUUAUUCAUAAUAUUAUUGUUGCUAGUCUAUUUUUCGGAGAAUAUUAACGAGGUAGCGGCGAGGAACUGGGCGUUAUUCUCUAGACAACAGUACUUUGAUAGUAAAGGCCUGUUCAUAUCAGUAGUGUUCUCCAUUCCUAUAUUAUUAAACUGCAUGAUAAUGGUGGGUUCAUGGCUGUAUCAAUCAACACAAAUAAUGACAAACAUAAAGAAGGCACAGCUGAGACAAAGAUUGAAAGAAAUGAACAUGAAUCGGGAACAACAGCAACACUUAAAAGCUGAGUAAUCGGUCGAGUCAAUUAUGUAGGUAUGAAAAGAAUCAAUAUUUUUGCUAGCAUUGUGACGGAAAACGACGAAUCUAAUUUUAGGUAUAUGACGCAGUGAUUUAUUUAUAAUUAAUUAAUGUUACAAGGAAUUUUCAUAGGACUAUGUCCAGUAAGCAAUCGAUACCAGCGUAUGUAAAUAUUUCAAGUACGAUUUAACGCAGCUGGUGUUCAAUUCGUGGUCGUACGCGUCUAUUAGAUUUUGCUUGUUAAUAAAUUGUUAUAGUAGAACUUCACGGUUUCGGAACACUUUUAAAUCUAUAAAACAAUCUUGCAACCGCGAUUAUGUAACAUUUUGUUGUCUUUGACAGUAUUGGCUUCUUAGUUUGCAAUUUUUCUGCAUUUAUUUUUGUUACAAACACUUUGUAAAUUAUAAAAAGUCAACUAACUAACAAAGUUUUGCCUAAAUUAAUGUUUCUUGCCGCAUUCUAUAAAGUUGUAAAACAUAAAUUAAGUUUCUUUCUUUUAACAAUAGUUAUGGCCAGUUACCGCCACGACGUUAAAGCAUUUAUUAUGACGUCACAACACGUUUAGAUGAGUAGCUUAUUUGAAUUUUCGAAUGCGUGGGCUUAUGUGUGAUAGAAAGAAGGUUUAUAUAAGUUGUCACUUCACGCGUUAUUAAUGUGUUCAUUUUGGGAAAAAUAAUAAGCGAUUUGAAAACCUUGUUAUUUGUAAUUCUUCACAAAAUACGAAGUUGGUUUCCCAUUAACGACCAGGCAGGAAAGCUGUAGGACUCGUGAUGAUUUGUAUCUAGUCGCCAGAAAAAAUACAUAUUUUAAUACCAACUAUGAAAAUAGGAGACAAUAUUAAGUAAGUUCUAAACGCAACAUCGGCCGUUAUGCUGGUAGCGCUCCUCGCGCUAUUAUGAAUGUGGCGGUAACCUAUAAUUUGUUACUCAAUGCCGAGUAUUCAUCUAUCAUCUAUUCAAGUUAUUAUUUUGCUAAACAACAAGCAAAUGUGCUAUACUUACCUAUGGUUUCCACGUUAUACCCUACGAAAAAUAGUAGGUAGGUGUUUCAAUAGUUUGGAAAGCCCAUAUGUCUCGAACAGCGCGUCGAAUUUGUGUUUAUUAUGAUAAUGGACACUGUACAGACAACAUUCAUUGCGUAAAAAUAUGAACGUGAGUAAAGCUUAGAACCUGAAAACAGCGGAAUAAUAGUUUUAACUAAAAAGAUCGGAGUUUAUAAUUUUAUUAAAAUGUCCGUUUUGAUUUCCACAUGUGAUUGUUGUGUUAUUUUUAAUCUAAUAUAUUUAUUCCAUUUUUGUAA